AUGAAGCCAGAAAAUAAAUCCAUCACCACAGAUUUCAUUCUCUUGGGUCUCUUUGACUCUCAGGAUGGUGGGGUGUUUAUUGCCAUAAUUCUUCUGGUCUUCAUGGCAGCCACAGCUGGAAACUCUACCCUGGUCUUGUUGAUCUGGAGCAAUGCCAACCUCCACACACCCAUGUACCUCCUGCUCAGCCAACUCUCCCUCAUGGACCUCACACUCAUCUCCACCACCGUCCCCAAGAUGGUUGUUGAUUUCUUUUCAGGACACAGAGCUAUCUCCCGUGUCGGCUGUGGAGCCCAAAUUUUCCUUUACUUGACACUAGGUGUGGCUGAAUGUGUUCUUCUGACCCUCAUGGCCUUUGACCGCUACUUGGCCAUUUGUAGUCCCUUGAGAUACCCAAUCUUAAUGACUCACAGAGUCUGUGUGCAAAUGGCAGCCAGUUCAUGGGUUGGGGGUAUUCUUGUAUCCCUAAUUUACACUACCUGGGUUAUGCACUUUUCUACCUGUGACUCCAAAGUAAUUCACCACUUUUAUUGUGAAGUCAUGGCACUUCUGAAACUUGCUUGUGAAGACACGUCCACUUAUGAGAAAGUGGUAUUGGCAGCAAGUAUAGUUUUCCUUCUUAUUCUUUUUGGACUUAUCUUGACCUCUUACAUCCUUAUCUUUCUCACUGUCCUUCAUAUGAACUCUUCUGAGGGUAAGAAAAAGGCUCUGGCUACUUGCUCCUCUCACCUUUGUGUAGUAACCCUCUACUUUGCUCCAACCAUGGUUAUCUACAUGAACCCAAGUUCCUCACUCUCCUCAGAGGUGGAUCAGCAUCUCUCUGUGUUUUAUGCAAUUAUUACACCUAUGCUGAACCCCCUUAUCUAUAGCCUGAGGAACAAGGAGGUAAUGGGGACUCUGAGGAAAAUGCUAGGAAGAUGUAUCAUUAUUAAACAGGAAAGAUUACUUAUCAGACUGAUUUUCUGA